AUGGGCUCUAAGGCCGAGCGAACACAGGAGUGUCUCGCAGAGAUGCAUGAUCACUUCAGGAACACCAAAUCACCCGCCGACCUCCUGAUUCUUAUCGGGCGGGUUGGAACCGGGAAGUCUUCCUUGAUGGAGGACCUCACUGGCUUGAAUGGAUAUUCGCAGCAGUCCGUGAACUCGGUUACCCAGGAAGCGGAAAUCGCCAAAGCAGUAAUUGAAGGUAGGGAGUACUUCAUCAUGGAUACUCCUGGCUUCGAUGCAGAGAACGAAAAUACCUACUUCGAGAUUAUACGCGGCAUCCAAUCUAUCCGCCAUGUCUCCAGAAUCACCGGUCUCCUGUACCUGACAUGCAUUAACCAGUCGCGCUUCGAAGACAUUGACCGUAAUCUCAUUCGAUUUAUCUAUGCAUUGUGUGGUGAGGAUUAUAUUCCCCGUCUCGGGGCACUUCAACGCGAGUGGGAGCAAGGUGUUCGUACCCAGCACCUGAGCUUGUAUCAGCAUGGACGAGAGUACAAUGCCAACGGACUGGAUAUGGGUCGCAUCAUCAACUGGUUUGCGAACCGCGACCAGGUUUCACGACAUGCCAAAGAGAUGAUUCAUCGCAAUUACAGGCACACCGCAUCCGAGUUCCAUCCUCCAAGGAUUGUUAGAGAACUUGAUGCCAACAUCCCAACGUCGGAGACAGAGGCUGGACGGUUGCUUGGACUGAGCUCUACUUCAGCGAGCGAGUCUACCUCUCGUGGACAACCCAGAGAACAACAAGAGCAACAACGACGGACUUUAACCCCAUCGGAAGCACCCAGAAAUUCGCGGCAGGAACCAAGGGCUCCGCAAGAGCCCCCUUCAUCUGGUUUCUACAUAUUAGCGAAUGGCCUUGCCAGGCUUAUAGGUAACGUGUUAGGUGGCGCGACUGUUGAUGUGAAUAUCGGCGGCCCAGGGCCAGGCCGACCCCCUUUUAUGGGUAACGUGCCUACCGGUCCAUUCGACCAGAACUCCUCGGUCGACUGGUUAAAGCGAUAUAAUCUUGAUCCCAGCAGGGAAGGACGAUUAAGAUAUGCCGCCACCCACGGCAUUGGAGGCGAGCCUUUCUCUGCAGACUGGGGCGAUGCUAUUCGUAGGGAUGUUAUGCGACGUUAUGGUUAA